AUGCAGCCCUCAACAUCAGCUGAUUCUCAAAGAUUUGUUGCUUCACCAGUGCUAUUUCAUCCGUUUCAUGGUGAAAAUAUUGAGCUUUUAGAGCACAGAAGACGGGCGCUUCGACGUGUUAGUUUUGAAAAGGGUAUUGUUUUUUCUGAGCGCGCUCUUCUUGAAGGCGAAUGUUUCUUUGUAUCAAUUGAAAACGUGGAAGGAGGCUGGUCCGGUCAUUUAAGGAUUGGAUUGACAACUGUUGAUCCUGAUACAAGGCCGUCUGUCAGGAAUCUAGACUCAAAUUCGUGGCUUUUCUCAAUAUCCCCGUUCAUCGUUCCAUUGCAAAAUCCCAUAUCUGUUCGAUCUCUUCCAACAGAAAAAGGAUCGUUGAUCGGUGUUUAUUAUGAAAGGAGCAUGGGAACUCCUCGGAUACACGUGGUGUUGAACGGUUUCGAUAUAUGCCCAGAUUUUGGCAGAAUUCCUUCCGAUCAACCAUUCUUUGCCGUUGUUGAUGUCUUCGGUAGCACGAAAGAGGUUCGAGUCGUGUUCUCCGGUCCUCGUAUGCCAUCCCGUCUGUAUACACUCUGUGCAGAUCGACUACGGUCCCUUUACAAUGAGAAGAAAUGUUCGCUUUCCAGUCUACCCAAUCCUUUACGCAGUCAGUUGGAAAAGGAAUGGAGUAGUAGAGACACUCCUGAUGGUUUAUACUUUGGUUGGGAAGGUGUGCGGUAA